AUGGCAGAUUCUCCUUUAAUAACAAGAGAGCUCAGAGAAUACAUUUCUAGGUUCAAAGUUGAAGAAAUAAUAUCUCAAGGUGUUAAUGAAGUCGCUAGAAAUCUGCCAACUAAUCCUUAUACGUUUUUAGCUGGAUUUUUUGCAGAGCUUUCAGAAGAUCCUCCUCUUAUAACUGACAUAAGAGCUAGGGAGUUAUUAUUGGAAACUAGGCCUACUAUAGAAGUGUCUAUUGAGUGUGAAAGCAAAGGACAACGGUAUUGGGCACCUGCCUUUGCGUUUUCGCCUGGGAUUGAUGAAGCUUCUUAUUUAUUAGACGGAGACAGAUGGGAUGGCAAAGGGAUGCUCACAGCAGCUAGGUCUGCAGAAUCCUUAAGAGAUAUCCUUAGAGAACAAGACGUCACAAAUCAAAGAAAAAUUGACAGUUUAAUUGCAAAAGAACAAGGACUCGGCACCAAUAUCAGCGUCAGCUUAAGUUUUGCCUGUGCAGUUGCUGCAGCCUAUUUUAAAAAAGUUCCUUUAUACCAGCAUAUUUUUGACAAAAUGACAAGGAGGGAAUGAGAAGGCUCCCCAUUGCCAAAAUUAAUGAUCCCUUUGCUUUAUACAGGCAAAAGCGUCAACUCCAAGGUAAAAUUUUCACGAUUUUUCUUAUAUGAGACUAGAAAUGAAAGCAGGGCUCCUCAGCAGCAAUAUGAAGCCUGCAAAAAAUUAUAUGACACAAUGAGAAGGCUUUUGGUAGCUGGCAAAGGUGGAGAGGCAGGGCUAAAACAGUUCCAAUGUGGAUUUAUCCCAAAUAAUGACCUGAUCAAUGACUGCUUAAAGCUAUGUGAAGACUGUGUAAAUCAGUCAGGCUUUGUGAUGGGCGAAGACUAUUUGAUAGGAAUUGACUGUAAUGCUGAUGAUUAUUAUAAUAGAGACACCAAUAAAUACGAAAUGGAAGGACAAAAAAAUCCACCAGACGUGAACCAAUUGACUGAAUUUUAUUUGAAAAUGCUGAAUGAUAAGCCAAAUAUAGGGUUUCUGCAAGACCCGUUUUAUAGUGAAGAUAUCAAUGCGUAUAAGAAUUUGCAGGGAAGGCUGGUUAAUAAUAAAAGAAUUUCUGCUUUUAGGGCGUGCAAAACUCAUUUAAAGGUAAAAGAACUGAUGGAUCCUGAGCAAGGCGAAGAAAGUAAGGCAGCAGCAUUUGCCCCGCAUUUGUUGGCAAUUAAUUAUACUAAUUUGGUCACCGAUAUUGUGGAUUCUGCUAAGAUUGCGGCAAAGAAAGGGACGUCGGUAAUUAUUACUGAAAAUCCUGUAGAGUCGCUGGAUACUGCGUUGGUGGAUUUAGCGCUAGGUUUAAAGGCUGAGUUUUUGCAGCUGAGUGCGCCGAUAAGGAGUGGGCUUUUAGCGAAAUAUAACCGAAUAUUAGAAAUCAGAAAUCACUAG